AUGAUGGUGCAAUGGUUGCGCCUUGCCUCGCUGCUACCUUGCGCGCUAGCUCUCAGAGCCAGUGAACCGCCUCAUCACGCAAGACAGGUCGCUAUCAUAGGUGCAGGUGCAGGUGGCUCAUCCGCUGCGUACCAUCUCGCCCAGUAUGCCGCCGAGGCAGGCAUUCCGACAAACAUCACCGUCUUCGAACGUAACGAUUACAUUGGUGGUCGCACAACGACCGUGAACCCAUGGAACGACCCAACGAUUUCAGUGGAGUUGGGCGGCUCCAUCUUCGUACAAAGCAAUCGCAUAAUGGUGAAAGCCAUGGAGGAGUUCAAUCUAUCGGCUGCCGGGCACGAUCUCGCAGCCCAAAUGGACAUGCCUGAUCUGGGCAUCUGGAAUGGACGUGAAUUUGUUAUCGUGACAAAGGCCGGAGACACUUGGUGGGACAAGGCGAAGCUGCUAUGGAGAUACGGUGCUGCGCCACUUUGGACAAACAGGCUGAUGAAGAGUGCUGUGGGCAGAUUCUUCCAGAUGUAUGAUGAGCCAGUGUUUCCGUGGAAGAGCUUGGGCGACGCUGUCGAGCGAGUGGGGUUAUUGGAAGCCACUGGAGUGACGGGAGAACAGUAUCUCAAAGCAAACGGCAUUGGCGAGGCGUUCUCGAAGGAGAUCAUCCAAGCUAGCACUCGUGUCAACUACGCUUCGAAUCUGCCCUACAUUCACGGCUUGGAGACGAUGGUAUGCAUGGCAACAAAUGGAGCAAUGCAGAUCGAAGGAGGCAAUUGGCAGAUCUUCGCGCAUAUGUUGAAGGCCUCUCGCGCCAAUGUUCAUCUCAACACCUCUAUCGCCAGAAUCUCCAAGCAACAGGAUGGCAGCUACGAAGUCACUACAGCUGCCGGCCAGACCUCCGUAUUUGACGAAGUUGUCCUCGCAGCACCUCUUCAGUACUCAGAUCUUGAUAUCCAUCCUGCGCCACACCACGUCCCUGAUGAGAUACCUUAUACGAAGUUGUAUACCACUCUUUUUGCGUCACCUUUCAGGCUGGAUCAGAAAGCAUUCAAUCUAGAUGCAAAGACGCCUGUGCCACAAUACGUCCUUACUACGCUACCGCCAGCUGAGAUCCCAGUGGAUGGCGCCGGCUCGCCCAGCUUCUACAGUAUAUCCGUAUCCGAUGCUGGCCUCAACCCAGAGUCGUCUCCGAUUCGAUUUGAAUACAUCUACAAGAUCUUCUCACCCUUCCGUGUCAACGCCACAUUCCUCUCCCACAUCCUUGGCCAAGAUGUCUUCCCCGAGGAAGCCGAACACGGUAAUGUCAACGGAACCGUGAGCUGGAUUCAUCACAAGCUUUGGUACUCGUACCCGAGAGAAUACCCGCGUGUGACAUUUGAGGAGAUCAAGCUCGACGAUGGCCUGUGGUAUACUAGUGGUAUUGAGAGCUUUAUCAGCACUAUGGAGACAAGUGCAUUGAGCGGGAAAAAUGUUGCUAGAUUGAUCAAAGAUGAAUGGGUUGCCCAGGGACUUGAUGACAGUUAUUCGAAAGCUCGGAAAGAUGGCGCCGACGAUGAGCAGUAUCAACAAGAGCUAUAA